GGUUCAUUUGUAACAUAGUCUAUGCCCUAUGCACUAUGCCCUGGCCUUAGCUUGUGUGUCUGGUUCCCAUUCUAACAUAAGCUGGAACAUGGACCGAUCCGACCCCUAGCAGUCAAUCAAAAUGAUGGGCUCUGGCGUUACCGGGGGCAACAAGAAGAAGUCCCAGACCCUGGGAGGGGUGGACCCGGACACCUGCAUGAUGGUGUUCAAGAACCACUGGACACAGGUGGUAAAGAUUCUGGACAAACACGAGCCGAGUCGCUGCGGUGCUCUGAGCUUCUUCUCUGGUCUCUCUGGCGCCUCCCCAGGUGCCAGUGGUGGAGGAGGGGUACUGCGCCUACCCACCAUCCCCUCGGACGAGGCCAGCGCCGUGCACAACUACGUGGAACACAUGCUGUACCUUCUGAUGGAGGAGGACCCCGGCCGAGGCGGGGCCAUGGGUCCCAUCCUGGAGCUGGUGGUGGUGGAGGGGGUGAUGGAGAGGCUGUUCCUGUGGAGCCUGCGCCGACACUUCACCGUGGACCUGAAGCUGGAGCAGCUCCGGAUGUACCAGAUGCUGCUGAUCCACGCCCGCCAGCCCCUCCUGCACCACAAGCCCAUCCUCAAGCCCCUCAUGGUGCUGUUGGCUUCCUGUGCUGAGAACACCACAGAUGGAGGCGGGCAGGUGGAGCAGGUGGAGCGGGUGGAGCGGGAGCUGGUGUCUCUGCUCCAGCAGCUGUGUGUGUCUCUGGUCCGAGACCCGUCGGUCCUGGAGCUCUUCUUCCACUCCACCCAGGACCAAGGAGCGGCCAACUUCCUGCUGUUCUCCCUGCUCAUCCCCUACACACACAGACAGGGCCCAGUGGGGGAGCAGGCCCGAUCUUCCCUCCUCCUCAUCAUGUCUCUGUCGGCCUUAGAAUCAAGAGUCACCCAACACAUAGUGGAGCACACCUACUUCUGUCCUGUUCUUGCUACUGGUCUGUCAGGCCUCUACUCCGCCUUGCCUGCUAAACUUAAGGUGUACAGCGAAGACUGGCACUCCCUGGAAGAAGCUGAUUGGAUGCAGGUCCCCGCUUUAGUUCACUUCCUGCAUUCUCUGGAGUUCUGCAGUGCUGUUAUCAAGGUGGCUCACCCUUCCAUAAGGUGUCAGUUGCUAGGUUACAUCUACAAUGGCUUCCUGGUGCCUGUCUUAGCCCCGGCCUUGCAUAAGCUGACAGUAGAAGAAGUGAUGACCACCACUGCCUACUUGGAUGUGUUCCUGCGCUGCGUCUCCGAGCCGGCCCUGCUUCACACCUUCCUGUCCUUCAUCCUGCUGCACACGCACGACCACGUGCACAUCCUGGACACACUGGUCAGCCGGAUCAACACCCCCUUCCAGCUUGGGGUGGUGUCGCUGGCCCUUUUCAGGACUCUGAUUGGUCUGUUCUGUGAAGACGUCAUGCUGCAGCUGGUCCUCAGGUAUCUGAUCCCAUGUGAGCACCUGGGCAGCAGGGGGCGCUCCCUGCUGCACGAGAGGGACUGCUACUCCUCCAGCGCCUCCUGCUUCCUCCUCCUCACCCCUUCCUUCUGCCCCCUUCGGCCUCCUCUCUCCCCCCACCAGACGGCCCCCCCCCUCCACAGUGAGCACAUCCACUGGCCCCGGGGCCCAGCAGGUGUGUCUGAGGGAGACAGCGUCGCAUACUGUAGAUCCUCUGGCUUCCUGAUCCAAGUCAACUACCUGCACUACCUCCGGGAGGCCCGCCGAGCCAUCUGCACUUCUACCAGGGCCUGUCGGACCUGGUCUGCUCCGUACGAUGGCCUCAGACCCCUCCCUCACGGCGGGGAGAGAAGAGGUGGGGAGGGGGGAGAGGAGAACGGAGGACAGAUGGCGGCGGGAAGGGGAGGAGGGGAGGGGGCAGGAGAGGAGGCGGACUCCGUCACCGCGGGCAACGAGAUGGACCGUCGCAUCUCCAUGUACGAGCUGGAGUGGGACGACAUGUUCAGGGACGACGACCCCGCCAUGAUGUCAUUGUCGACGUCGGCGUCAGGGGUGACCGAGCCCCCCGGACACAUCCAGGAGAUGCGCCGCAGCGCCGCCGUCCUGCUGCGCGGGGGCGGGGCCUACGCGGAGGAGUCAGACUUCCAGGACGAUGUGCUUGUGUACCACCUGGUCGCCCUGAGGGAUGCCAGGACGCCCGGCACCCUGGAGCCAGACACCAGCCGGCUAGCUGCUAUUAGCCAGCUAUGUAACAGUAGCCAGCUAGCUGAUAAUAGCCAGAUAGCUAACAGUGGCCAGAUAGCUAAGAGUAGCCAGAUAGCUAACAGUGGCCAGAUAGCUAACAGUAGCCAGAUAGCUAACAGUAUCCAGAUAGCUAACGGUAGCCAGCUUGCUAGCAGUAGCCUGCUAGUUAAAAGUGGACAGAUAGAUAACAGUAGCCAGCUUGCUAGCAGUAGCCUGCUAGUUAAAAGUGGACAGAUAGAUAACAGUAGCCAGCUAGCUAGCAGUAGCCUGCUAGCUAAGAGUGGACAGAUGGCUAGCAGCGGACAGACAGCUAACAAGACAACGGCCUUGGCGCCACCACAGGUGCGCAGUGUGGCGGAAACAGUGAACAAUAUCAUGUCGUCACGGCGACAGAGCGAAGAUGCAACGAGAGUGGAGAGGAGCAGGAGAGGAGGAAAGGAGACAAGGAGAAUAGAAAGAGGAGGGAGGAGGUGCAAGUCCCUCGUAAACGGUUUCACGAAUUACGACCAGGACUGCCACGCAAGCGCCCUCACACAGCAGCGUAAACAUCCCAAACCACAGGACCACGCAUGCCUAAACACACACCAUAACGCACAACUAAACACACAACACAACACGCACAUAAACGCACACCAAAACACACACCUAAACACACACAUCAACAAACACCGAAAGAUGCACCAAAAUCCACGCCUAAACACACACCAACACACACACCCUGACUCACACAACACGGAGUCCUUGGUCACCGGGGAAGCCCCUGGUGACAGCUUCCUGUCUGCGUACCAUGAGCUGAUGCUGUGGUUGGGCAGGGACCCCAACGCUGACCCCGACGACGACCAUGACGACGACCCCAGUGACCUCGUCACAUUCAGGAGACGGGUCCAAGCACUGAGGCAGAAACAGGAAGAGGAGGGGCUUGAGGAGGAAGUGGACUUUAACUCAUGGAAGGAGGACGAGGACGAGGAGAGGAGGAGUGGCAGCAGGGAACAAGGCAUUUCCUUUACAGGACCAUUCCUCAGCGUUCUGCUCUCUCGGCUGGAGAACCUUCUGGACAACUCCAUCGCCGUCAACCUGCUGCUCACGGGCAUCCUGGCUCAGCUGGCCUCGUACCCGCAACCUCUGCUCAGAUCCUUCCUGCUCAACACACACACACUGAGCACACGCACACUCUAUCAGGUGCUAUCGUCAGUGCGUGUGCAAAUAGAGAACUAUAUGUCUGACAGACCAGACUACGUUUCCAUGGUAACACAGGCUUGGAGGUUCCUAUUGGCCAAGGACCAGAGGGUCGGAGCUCCCAGCGGGACGGGUUCCCCCCCGCUGCCCCCCUGCCCCCCCAUGCAGUCCCAGGACAAGGCGAGGGUGUUCGCCAUCGUCCUGUAUGGAGAGUUCCUCAAAGAGCUGGCGGCGCUGGCCCAGGAACACAGCAUCACGCCCUGACCUACUGGGUAUACUGGUGAUACUGGUCUGAACCAGUAGCAUCACACCCUGACCUACUGGUUAACCUGGGUAUACUGGUGAUACUGGUCUGAACCAGUAGCAUCACACCCUGACCUACUGGUUAUACUGGUGAUACUGGUGAUACUGGUCUGAACCAGUAGCAUCACACCAUGACAUACUGGUUAUACUGGUCUGAACCAGUAGCAUCACACCAUGACAUACUGGUUAUACUGGUCUGAACCAGUAGCAUCACACCCUGACCUACUGGUUAACCUGGUGAUACUGGUCUGAAACAGUAGCAUCACGCCAUGACAUACUGGUUAUACUGGUCUGAACCAGUAGCAUCACACCAUGACAUACUGGUUAUACUGGUCUGAACCAGUAGCAUCACACCAUGACAUACUGGUUAUACUGGUCUGAACCAGUAGCAUCACACCAUGACAUACUGGUUAUACUGGUCUGAACCAGUAGCAUCACACCAUGACAUACUGGUUAUACUGGUCUGAACCAGUAGCAUCACACCAUGACAUACUGGUUAUACUGGUCUUAAACAGUAGCAACAUGCUAAGACCUACUGGUUAUACUGCUCUUAAACAGUAGCAACAUGAUAUGACCUACUGGUUAUACUGGUUAUACUGGUCUGAAUCAGUAGCUUCACACCAUGACAUACUGGUUAUACUGGUCUGAAUCAGUAGCAACAUGCUAUGACCUACUGGUUAUACUGGUUAUACUGGUCUGAAUCAGUAGCAACACACUAUGAUACACUGGUUAUGCUGGUUAGAUCGGUUGCACUGGUUCUACUGGUUACACUGGUAAGAACAAGCAGGAUCCCACCAUGUCAUACUGGUCCUAACUAGUAACAUCAUAUCAUAGAAUACUGCUUUUACUGGUUCAUUGUUUAUGCUGGUUGUACUGGUUAUACUGGUCAGCUCCCAGUGUGGUAAUGCUAGUUAUCUCCCAGAAUAGAUCUUAGUUAAUAUGUGUGUGCCACAGUUGCGUGCUACAGUUAAUUUGUAUACUAUUAAAGGCAGGAAGUAUUGAUUUAUACUGUAAAUUGCAUACAAUUAUAUUUAUAUAUAUUUGAAUACAGAUUAUCGGAAUCAAUUUGAACAGAAUAGUAUUUUGAAGAGAUUGAAUAAGAGUCAUAGAUUGACUGUGAUAAUGUGGAACGUAUUCAGUAUGUGGCUUAACACUCUUGAGGAAAAGGCUUGAAGAAUAUUGUGUCAGAAACAGCCUUACUCUGAAUGAACCUUAGAAUAACCGAGUUAGACCAAGAAUGUGAACAUCAUCCUAUGCUACGUCAAACUCUUGUAGAUUUCCUUUGUUUAAACUUUGACAUUUUCCAUAUCCUAACUUACUGGUAAAUGUUGAUUUAAACCAAUGAAAUCCCCAGAGCAGUGCCCUUUAUUUGCACUAUGUUGAACAUAACUGUGUUAACUAUUGUAACUGAUAUCCUUUAGAUUUCUGCUUUUACUAUGGUGAUUGAUAACUUUUAGAAUACUGCUGUUACUAUGGUGACGGAAACCCUUCUGAAUGCUGCUGUUACUAUGGCGAUGGAAACCCUUUAGAAUUCUGUUACUAUGGUGACGAAAUUAACUUCAGAUUGCAGCUGUUACUCUUGUGAUGUGUACCCUUUAUAAUACUGCUGUAACCAUGGUGAUAGAUAUCCUUUAGUAUACUGCUGUAACCAUGGUGAUGGAUAUCCUUUAGUAUACUGCUGUCUCUAUGGUGAUUGAUGUCCUUUAGAAUGCUGCUGCUACUAUGGUGAUGGAUACCCAUUAGAAUGUUGCUGUUACUGUUGACUGAUACCCUUCAGAAUGCUGCUGUUACUAUGGUGAUUUUAACAGCCAUGGAUGUAUAUGGUCAGAAUGUAUGUCUAGUUUAUUUUAGAUUUAUUUUAUGUUUCUGACCAAUGUACUUAUUGUAAGUCGCUUUGGAUAAAAGCGUCUGUUAAUUGUCCUAAAUGUAAAUAUAAAUGUUUAUGUGUGUCUUUAUUGUGUGUGUUUUCUGCCCUCGCUUUCUCCUUGUAUUCUGUGAUUAAACUCUUGCCAAACCGAAGACCAUUAAAUGCAUUUUGACAAUCAAA